GAUUAUAUUGAGCUUGCAUUAAUUUGAAAUUAAUUACAAAAACUGUUAAUAAUAACACUUUGAAACGUUUGGAAAAUCAUAUAAUAUGUAAAAUAAUAAAUAUAUCUUUAUCCAUUACUAUUUAUUUCUAAAUCAAUCAUGAUAAUAUUACAGAGUUUUAAUAAGUAAUUUGGUUAAAUCAAAGGCAAGUUUAUUACCGGAACGUUGCAAAAAAGUUGAAAUUGAAGACUAAGGAGAGUUGAUAAGAAAAGUUUGAAAAGACUGAUAAAAAGGGUUCAUAAAAACAUAAAAUAACUAAAUAACUGUCGACAUCUGUUCACCCAAUGAAGUCAGUAGAGUGUAAACAAAACAAAAUCUUGCAAGUUUUUGAAUUUAUUUAAUUGCUGUGAUUAAGAGAAAACAAAGUAAUAAUUAAGUUAUAAUUAAAAUUAUAAAAUUAAAAAAACAAUUUUUAUCUUCUUAAAAAUGAAGCUUGCUUGUUUUUGAGAUAAUUUUUCUGUGAUAAUGGAAAAUGGUGAUAUAGUAACUGAUAACAGUGUCUUACCUCAAGAAAAUAGAUUACAGUUGAACAUUGUAGAAGAUAACAGAAGUGAUAAUUUGGUAGAAACAAACAAGUUGGAAGCUGAUAACUUACUUGAAGAGGAACGUGAUAAAGAUGUGGAGGAAAGGGAAGAGAGUGAAAAUGUUUCUGUUCCAUUUUUUGGAGGGAAUCUUAGUUUGGCACAAGUUAAGGAAAUGCAGAUACAAGCAAGAAAAAGGUCAAAAUUUUCGACAAGGAAUAUUGAUUUCUGUAGCAUAAAAAAUGACAGGACUACAAACCAAUUAAACAAAUCAGAGCCUAUCAACACAGCAUCUGUUCUGGAUUUUAGUGAAAAUUCUUCUGUAUAUUCUGUGAGAAGUUUUGGAGGAGAAAGAAACAAAACCUAUUUUGAGAGUAGAACAAAGGAGAAUCUUGACAAAACAUGCCACAGUGCUGGUGAAUUGAGGAUAAGAAGUUUUGAUGAAAACAAACGUUUCAAAAGGAAAACUUUUGAUGGCUUUGGAAAAAGUAGAGUUGAAAAUAGGGGAGUUGAGAAUUUUGAAAGACGUGAAUAUGAAAGUAGAAAAAUUGUGGAUUCAAUUGAGAAUAAAGACAGAAAAUUGAGUGGGGUGAAAACAUCUUACUUGGAACAGUACAGGAAAAGAAGAGAGAAAGAAGUUCCAGGGUCUCUGGGAGCAAAAUCGGUUUCAAGUUCUCAAUUAUCUCUGAAUUUAUCAUGCUCUACCCUCAAAACAGAUUUCGACGAAAGAGUGAGUGAGGUGGGAAGCAGUUGUCUCUGUUGCUCUUCCAGUGACGAACGACUUCAAAAAGAAUUAUUGACGGACAGUGAUGUCAAAACGCACUCCAGCUCGUUUGUUAGUUGCGAAUCGAGUGUGAGGUCGAACGAAGAUGGUAAAGAGGAAUUGAUGGUGAAUGAAAACGUGAAGGAGAAGGAAGUAGAAGAGAAAUGUGGGUCAAAGAAGAAUAGUGUAGAUGGAAAGUCUACAAAGAAACAAGAAAAGAAAACAACAAAAUUAGAUAAAGAAGUCAGAAAACCAACCAAGAGUCCUCUAAUACCAAUGCGAUUGGCAAGAUCACUUGGUCCAGAUUUGGAAGCUAUCAAACCUAAAUUGACUGCUCUACAGAAAAGAAAAGAAUAUGGAAACAGGAUGAGCUGUCUCAAUCGAGAAAAUAAUCAACUAAAACAUAUUUCUGAAAGUAAUAAAAUAAUGGUAAGCAGUCUAUUGUGAAUCUCACUUCAAAUUGUUAGCAGUGGUUGAAUUGAAUAGUUACAUUCUUAUUAUAAUUGCAUAUUCUUCAAGAAUAGCAAUCGAUAAUGUUGAUGUUAUUCAUAAAGAAUGAUGACUGUAUCAAGUGAAUCUUUGCUUCAUAUGCCAGCUUUACACAAAUCAUCAAAGCAAAUCAUAUCCCAUUACUUUUCAUGAGCUAAUAUUCUUGUAUUUCAUUUACUUACAUACAACAGAUUUUUUAUUCAUUCACAUACAUUAAAUCAUUUUAUAAAAAGGCAUGUAAUCUUAGAAUGGUGUAAUCUUGCAAUGUCAUUUUGAAGGUAAUUUAAAAUGUUUUCCCCAAAUCAUAAAUUUGUAUCAUCGUAUUUACUUAUUCAUCAGUAACAUAGCCUAAAGAAUAAUCAUACAGAGUGACUGGGAAGAAAAACAGCCUUGCCAUUACCAUUUAAUCCCCGAAUUAUUCCUAUACUCCGUGCAGAAUUACUUCUUACUGGGAUGGACAUGCGCAGCAGAGAAAGCAUACAGCGGGAGGGAUACAGAGGCGCGAUGUUGCCGUUUUGAAGCGGCCAGUGUUCUCCAACUUCUAGUGACUGUUCAUGUGCUCCUGCUACACAUGCGAAGUUUCCUGUCUGAAAGCAGUCAGACGACUGACAAAUUGACAACUGCGCUUCUACCUAUGACUAUUAAUCACUGUAAUUAGCUGAUCUUCCUCCAUUUCUCUACGCCGCAUAUUCCUCCUAGUCAGAAGUAAUUUUGUACGGACUAUAGAAGCUAUUAUACUAGAAAAUACAACAUACAUAUGAUACAUUUAUGUUCUAUUAUACUAGAAAAUACAACAUACAUUUAUGAUACAUUAUGUUCUAUUAUAUUAGAAAAUACAUACAAUACAUUCCCAUUGUAUUUGCUGGAAAAAUGAUUGUUGAACAUUAUAAUGCACAAUAAUUACUAACUUCAAUGAUAAUUGAAUGUUUAAACAAAUAAUAUUAAAAAUUGUACUAUGCAUUCAAGUUAUUUAAUUUUGAAGUGAAAAUUGUUGUGAUGUGAACCUUACUCCACUUUGGACAUUUUAUUGGACUAAAUUUAGGAACAGAAAAAAUUUAGGGUUAGAUCAUGUUUUUUCAUUCCGUUAUUGUAAGUGAUAUUCAAUGGAUAAAUAAAUUAAUUUAAAGGCAAAACAUAAUGUUUGCUAUAGUCUAUUCUGCUUUUACAUUUCUGUUGUAUGAA